AUGUCUACAAGUUCGGCUUCUAUCGUGGGGUCCGAUAUCUCGGCUUCAACAACUCCAACCUCGCCAACCACAACGAUCUCUUCGGAAGAUCAACAUCCUCAUGAGGCACCACCUUGGAUUCUACAUCACGUCUUACACCCAGAAUGUGCUGCCGAGCUACCCUUGACAACCAUGUUUAGCUUCAACUCAGGGCAAAAGCCAUCCUCCUUGAGGGACGCUCAAGCAUGGUGGCAAUUGGAUCCAGAAGGGCGCUUGCUCACGCAGGUUAUGUCUUCUUUCACAGAUAGUGGACCUUGGACAGAGGAGAAACAACAAUCAGCACAAACCGAGCUCGAACCUGUCCCCCUGAAUGUAACACAGCCCAUCGGCCACGCCCUCGAUCAUCACAUGAAUCCCGAGCAUGAGCCCCGACUACGAAAAGUACGAUUUGUAGAUCCACCACCGCCACCUGUAGAAGAUAGAUAUCUGAAGAAGCCGCAUGCGGAGCCAGCAGGAUUACCAUAUGAGUAUAUCAAAGACUUCUGUUUGAAGGCUUUUCCUGCCGAGUAUGAACAGGCCGACUUCAGCAACCCGCUCAAAGCUUUAGAUUAUCUACGCGAUCUGGAGUUCACGAGAAGAGCACAAUUACGAGCAGCAGGAAGAAGAUGGGGAAUUACAGAAUACACAUGGCAGGAUGGAUUGAAGCAAAACCCAAUAACACUGGCAUGGUAUUUGAGAAUGCAGCAUGUUGAGAUGGAGCUUCAAAAAUGGUUCGCGCAAAUGUAUGUCGGGCUACGUAUAUGGAUUAUGAUCAACGAACUCAAACAACCCUGGCUAUCGAGGCAAGAAAUCUUGGCAAUGCUCAAUACGCUCUACCCUCCCGUCAUCCUCUCAGUCCCGAGUGAUCAGAUCUCGAUUAAGCAACUACACUGGCACCGAAAAGUCAUAUUUGGAUGGAUCUUGGCGGUUGAAAAGGAUGGACCAGAGGCGAUUCUCGGUAUCGAAGACUCACUUCUCAAAGGAAAGCACUCAUGGCGAAAGAUUACUCUCAGCCUUGAGAAUUAUCUGAAGCACGCCAAGAACCAAAUCGAUUUCGCGCUGACCUUAGGCCAUGAAUGCGAUACUCUCCCAGGCGAGCCGAAUUUUCAUCGUAUUCUUCCUGCCAAUCUUCCUCACAUACCUCGACUUGAUGUUCUGGACGAGAAUGGUAAGAACCCGGAGGAUUCGAUCAUGAAAGCAAGAUGGGAAAAGGUUUAUGAGAAGUCUAAGAAAUCAGAUCAACAACCGGUCCAAUCCGUGUUUGAUGAAGGAUGGAGGUCUAGAAAAAUAGUAAAAUUCUUCUUCAGGUACAACGGGUCCCGAGAUAUAUUGACGUCCACUAUGCCCGAAUCGUCCAGCCCUACCAAUCCGGAAGGAUCGAGCCCCGUAUCCCAAUCUAAUGUUAAACCUGCCAGCCCAGAAAGGCCAAAGUCCCAACCAACCUCCAAACUUAAUGACGACGCUGAAUCCGAUACCAACGUAGACUACUCUACGAUCAUCCCACCCUGGGAACGUCCGUUUUUCUCCAAUGUCCAACCGAGCCUCAAACCCCUUGGCUUCAAACCCCCCAUCCUCCCGGAAAAUCCAGAGGAGGAUAUCUCCGCCCUGAUCCCGCGGCCCCUCUUCUUCCCGAACGCCAAACCGCUCGCAUCGGACAAUAUGGCCUUCCUAAAGUCUGAUCCCUUCGCUCCACCUCCACCACCGCCUCCACCGCUCGUUGUCCGACGCCACUCCUCGCUGAGUAACCUCACGUUGAGGGAUUCUAAAUUCCUACCCAAGACGGAGGGAGAGGAAGAGUCCGAGGGCCCGAAAUUAAGGAAGAAGAGAUCGUUUAUCCAGAAGAUGACUGGCGCGGGAAAGGACAAGGAGAAGAUAGCUGACCCGGUCGAGCCAAGCCAGGACUUGAAACGCAAGCCGGGAAGUCCUCUGGCAAACGAAUUCAAGCCAGAGCCAGAGGACGUCGCGGAAUUAAAGCCUAAGAGGAGCCUGCGUGAUCUGGUGGGCUGGAAAGCAACCAAGAGGGAGGAGAAGGAGAAGGUUGCCAGUCCACUGGCGGCGGAGUUCAAGGUGCAAGAGUGGGAUAAGGAGACCGGUGUGGCGGUGUUGAAGCAUAAGAGGAGUUUGAGGGCGUUGGUGGGGCGGAAUGGUAGGGGAAGGGAGGUGGAGGUGGAGGUGGAGGAUGAGGAGGAGGAGGAGGAGAUGAUUCUGGGAGGGGAUAGGGAUGAGGAGAAGAGUUAUUUUCUGGAGGAUGAGCCGAGUCCGAGGGGGAGGAGGGGGUUUGUUGGGGGACUGUUGUUGAGGAGGGGGAGUGAGGUGGGGGAUGCUGGUGCGGGGAAGAAUAAGUUGAGGAAGAAGAAGAGUUUGUGA